UGACGUAGGGUGACUAGGACGGGGAGGGUGACGCAGUUGCUAAUGAACGGCCGAGUGGCGGGGUGAUGGCUGCGGCGAUGGCGAGCGGUGUGUCCCGGCGCUUGCUGCGCCUGGCGGUGAACGCUCAGGCACCUCUCUCGGCCGCUUACCACGAAAAGGUCGUGGAUCACUAUGAGAAUCCCAGAAAUGUUGGUUCUUUAGAUAAGAAUGCAAAAAAUGUUGGGACUGGCCUGGUUGGUGCCCCUGCUUGUGGUGACGUCAUGAAGUUGCAGAUUGAAGUGGGCGGUGAUGGAAAAAUUAUUGAUGCGAGAUUUAAGACCUUUGGAUGUGGAUCUGCAAUUGCCUCCAGCUCUCUGGCAACGGAAUGGGUGAAAGGAAAAACGGUGGAUGAAGCCUCAAGGAUUAAGAACACAGAUAUUGCUAAGGAACUAUGCCUUCCUCCAGUCAAACUGCAUUGUUCAAUGUUGGCAGAAGAUGCAAUUAAAGCUGCUCUUGCUGACUAUAAAGUGAAACAGCAAAAGUGAAAGAUCUUACUGGAAACUGAAAAUCACGGGUUUCAGCACCUGUUAAUAAUGGUCUAACCAACACAGCUGUAUAGUUCUGCAGCAGAAUUUCAAAAGUUAAGCAGAAAGAAUACUCUAGUCUUUUUUCUGUAAGAAAGGGGACCGCAAGCCAUAAAUAUAUUAAAUUGA